GAGGGGAGCGGGGCCCUGCCUGCCCCAGCCUCCCGGCGGCGGCUUUCCCGGGGCGACUCAGGUGAGCGGCGGGCGCCGAGGCCGUUGCCGCUGUCCUGCGCCGGGCGCCGCUCCCCGUUCCCCUGCAGGCUCCUCCCGCAGAGAGGCGGCUUACCCGCCGCGCCGCUGCCAUGGCCUCGGUACCCUCGGCCGGCUGCCUCCUGGCCAAGAACCAGUACUACAGAACAAGACAGAACUCAGAAUCCAGUGUUUCUUCCAGCUCCUCCUGCUGUUCGGAUGCUGUGAAUGUUACAGACCAGGACAAAGCAUUUCAUGGAUUACCAGAGUUGAUUGAUAAAUGUUGGUGGAUAAAAAGUUUUUUCCAUAGUGAACAAUCUCCACCAACUGUUGGCAGAAAGACACUAUCAGCAAGCAGUACCAACAGCUGAAUAGGACAGCAUGCUGGUUUUACCGACUGAAAUACUACGUGCAGACUUGUUUUUCCAAGAGGCUUGGGAUCUCCCUAAUGUCUGGGUUCAGCUGCAAGAAGAAAACAAAACCUUUAGGAGAGCAGAAAAGUAUAUUUCAAAAUAUGUCAGUAGUUUAAAUGAUACUGCUUAAUGGACAUGUCCAUGGUCUACCUUGUUCAUUACAGACUUGCUGUAAUUUGAGAUGUCUCUAAUGGGAGUUACCAGGAUUAAAUAUCCUGAUGAUUUGAGUUACCAGGAUUAAAUAUCCUGAUGAUUUAUCUGGACAGUCAGAGAAAAAUGCCAGUAAGAGUAAGAUAUUGUAGGCUUAGGAGAAGCAUGUGUAUUGAAUGACUUUGCAAUAGGUGAUACUCUUAAGUUUUAAGAUACUGGCUCUGUCAGCCGUCACACAGAGAUGUAAACAAGAUUAAAAUAUGCAGUCCAGUGUAGGACUGCUAUAUGGUGUUUUCUAUCAAUUACUUGUUUACCAGUUACAAGGAGUAAGUUUCCAAGAAUGCUUGGUGAUAGCUUUGCUUUUAGAAAGCCCAAUUACAUGACAAAACAGUAAUUAGUUUGGUUUCCUUGUUCAAGCAGGGUGCAUAGAUCCCAACCUCAAAUAACAAGGUACAACUUUCAUUCAUAUCUAUGCAUGCUGAUAUUUGAUGACAGGAUAGAAGAGAUAGAUGAGAAACCAGUAAUCCUAAUGGACACUGACAUCUUCCAGGCAGAAGAGCAACCUUAAUCAGAGCUGAUACUCCUAGCUCUGUUUUAGAGUACUGUCACCUGCUUUGCUUGUAGCUUAAAGAGCUACUUGUUAUCAAGUGGUUAAUCCCAUCAAUAUUCACUACUCUGUCAGCUUAGUUAUGUGUUAGAUCUAGGAAAGUGUUCAACUCAAAGGGAUAACAUUAAUGUUAUUAACCAAUUCUACUGUUGUCAUGAUUCAUGCUCUUGAAAGGUACUGUAACAUAGCUUCAUUUGGUCUUCAGCAUUGCAAAGCAGUACAUCAGACUGUUUAUUCUACUGGGUAUGACUGAAAUGCAGAUGAGGUCAUAGAAAGUAACAAGUUAUUUGACUGGAUGAUAUAAUUUCUGUAAACUGUCUAUGCAACUUUUUGAUGUACUAUCACUAAACCUACCUGACCUCUCCAUCACUGGAUGAACUAACACUAGCAAACAUUAAUGUAGCCAUCAUUUUUCAUCAUAGGUUAAUGGUUGUCAUGGUUAUGCAUAACUCCAAAGUGUACCUAGUGACUGCUUCAGGAAGCUUACAGUUUGGUAAGGACAAUAAAUGCAUGGCACAUGAGAACAGAAAAGAACAUAAUUCUGAAAACAGUUUCAGGAAUCCUGAAAUUGACAUGUUAAGUAUCUUACUUUACUCCUGCUGUGUAGUUUCAUCUUUGUCCAAUCUCUAAGUGUACAGAAUGAACUAUUUUUUAUACUAAGGUAUUUUUAUUAAUAAAAAGAUUUAAUCAGUA